AUGGAGGACAUAAAAGUACUAGAACCGACAGUUAAUGUUCAUGUGUUUAGUGACAAAAUAUUAGAACAGGAUGUUUUCUUCCAGGUGUUAAAACUACAAGAUAGCUUCUACUUAUGGUUUGGUAAAUCAAACCAGUUUGGUGACCUAUCAGUUGCCAUGGCAACACUGAAAAAUAUUACAAGUUCGACAAAUUUGAUUGGCGGAAAUGAAUCCCAUUCUGUGGCGAUGGCACAAAGACUAAGUAAGAAGAUGAAAAAACAGGUUUUCAUUAGUGGUGAUAUUAGCUGUUUUGAUCAACUGCAGCUACCCUUACUGGAGCAAAGAAUAGCUGAGGAAAUAAAGUGUAAUCCAGACAAAUUUUGA